UCGUCUUUUCAUCAACUGAUUUGCUUUAAAUUUCUCAAGUAAAGAAACAUUUGCUGGAGAUUAUUCCUUCAUCAAAUACACAGAGGAUGUCAAACUUGGAACAAUUCAACACUGACUUUUACCAAUCAAAUUAUACUAUUGAUAAUCAGGAGCAGAGUUAUACUGCUUCUGGUACAUAUGAGGACCUUUAUGGAUCUAGUGGACAACAAGCCUGUGAGCAGCCUCAGCUCAGCUCCCCGGCUCCUCCAGAGAUGCUGCUGCCAUUGGGUCACACAGGACAAUUUUUUCAGCCAGCCUCCAAUGCAAAUUGUUAUCCACAAUCUCCUUACCUUGAGAGUUUUGAUGAAGAGCCUCCUUUGCUAGAAGAACUUGGAAUAAAUUUUGAUCAUAUAUGGCAAAAAACCUUGACGGUGUUAAACCCAAUGAAGCCAGCAGAUGGCAGCAUUAUGAAUGAAACAGACCUCACUGGACCCAUCCUAUUUUGCAUAGCCCUGGGAGCCACACUGCUUCUGGCAGGUAAAGUUCAGUUUGGUUACGUGUACGGCAUGAGUGCCAUCGGCUGCCUUGGGAUGUAUGCCUUACUGAACUUGAUGAGCUCUGCUGGGGUGUCCUACGGCUGUGUGGCCAGUGUACUGGGCUACUGCCUUCUCCCCAUGGUCAUCCUGUCCAGCUGUGCCAUCUUCUUUUCACUGCAGGGCACCUUGGGAACUGUGUCAGCCCUGGUCAUCAUUGGUUGGUGUAGUCUUUCAGCUUCUAAGAUCUUCAUUUCUGCUCUAGACAUGGAAGGACAACAGCUUCUCAUUGCCUACCCUUGUGCCUUGCUGUAUGGACUUUUUGCCCUCCUUACAGUUUUCUAAAGAGUACAUGAGAUGGCUUUCCAAGAUUCUAUUUCUUUGCUGUUCAGAUUUUUCUGAAAGGGGAUUAGCACUCAAAUUUGGUGAUGUGUUUUUGUUUUAUUACUGUUGAGAGAAUAAUAAACAACACUUAAGGAUGGGGCUCUAAUGGCCUGUUUUUUUCAGAUGAUGUUUUGCUUUUCACUAUGGUGCUUUGAAACAUUAAAAAAUUUGGCUGGUGUA